GAGUUAUUCUUGCCACCAAAAAAUGAAAGAAGGAACCAAUUUCUCAGAGCACGUGGAGGAGGUCAAGCAGCAGUACCUGGAAGAGUUUGACCCGAGGCAAUACCAUCGGACUUUUUACUCCUCCUUGGACGAUGAGGUCAAAUUCUUCCUCCGACGCUACCAAGAGGCCUUCACGAACGACCCAUUGCUCUCCGCCCGAUGCCGAAGCCGUCGCCGAGUGCUAGAAUUCGGAUGCGGCCCUGUCCCCGUGUAUGCUGCCUCGGCCGCCUACUUCACCGAAUCCAUCACUCUGGGCGAGAUCACACCCGCCAACAGAUCGGAAAUCGAGUCAUGGAUGGACCGUAGACCCGAAUCACUGGACUGGACGCCGUUCUUCAGCUACCUCGCAAGCCUGGGAGGCGGAAGAAAAGCAGAGGAAAUAGCCGAGCGUCUGCGGGAGGUCUUCCAAGUCGUCAUUCCCUGCGACGGAGCCCUGGAGGAGCCUCUCGCACCGAUCCGCCAGAGGUAUGACGUGAUCAUGACGACUCUUUGCCUGGAGUUCGCGACCACGACCAAAGACGACCAUCGAACUAUGCUCGGCCGCGUCGUCAGCCUUCUGAGGCCCGGCGGUGUGCUGCUCAUGGCGGGCGCCCUCGGCAACACCUCCUACGCCGUGGGAUCGACUCGCUACCCCUCCGUCAGUCUACAGAAGGAGGACCUUGAGGAGGCCGUCGCUUCGGUGGGCCUGAGUGUGACCUCCAUGACGACCCUCGAGCGACUGACGUCCUCGAAGGAGAAGCCAGCGGACCACCUCGGCGUCUUCUUCCUCGUGGCGGAGAACCGGGAGGAACCGGGGGUCUAGUGGGAUUGGAUUCUUGGCAAAACGGUAGUUGAUAUGUUAUUAAGGCGGGAUAAGUGAACGAAAACGUA